GAGAGAGAUCAGGCAAGCAAAGAGAGGUCAGGAUUUCUUAGCAAUCCACAAGAAGGCAAAGACAAGGAGAAGAAAUGGCCCCAAGGUCAGGUAGGGGCAAGGGAAAUAAAGCUAAGACAGAGAAGAAGAAGAAAGAAGAGAAAGCGGCACCCUGUGUUCUUGACAUUACUGUAAUCACCCCCCUUGAAACUCAAGUUAUACUCAAGGGCAUCUCAACUGAUAAGGUACUUGAUGUGAAAAAGCUGCUAGCUGUCAAUGUUGAAACAUGCCACUUUACAAACUAUUCUUUAUCCCAUGAGGUUAAAGGACACAGAUUGAAUGAUGGAUUGGAGGUUGUUGCUCUGAAACCCUGCUUGCUGAGAAUGGUUGAAGAGGACUAUACGGAUGAGUCCCAGGCGUUGGAGCACGUGCGGAGGCUACUGGACAUCGUGGCCUGUACGACACGCUUCGCCAAGCCCAAGUCCGGGAAGGUCACCACCACGGCCGCCAGCGGCGGCAGCGGAGCAGGAGGUAAAGCCAAGAAAAGUGGGACCCACCAUUGCACCACCUCGGGCCCACAAUCUUCACCCUCAUAUGGAGAAGCCCGACCAUCAGAGCCGUCGGUCUCGGCGAUUUCUGAGAGCUAUGACAUGGUGGCAAUACACCCAUUACCGAAACUCUCCGAUUUUUAUGAAUUCUUCUCUUUCUCUCACCUAUGUCCUCCUAUACUAAAUUUGAGAAGAGUGGAUCCUAAGGAUGUGGAAGAGUCGCGAGAUGGCGAUUACUUCCAAAUGCAGAUUAAAAUCUGCAAUGGGAAGUCAAUACAAGUAAUUGCUUCGGUGAAAGGGUUCUACACUUUGGGAAAGCAGUUUCUACAAAGCUACUCCUUGGUGGAUCUUUUGCAACAGCUCAGCCAAGCUUUUGUCAAUGCAUAUGAAUCCUUGAUGAAAGCUUUUGUAGAACACAAUAAGUUUGGUAAUCUUCCAUAUGGUUUUCGUGCCAAUACAUGGCUUGUCCCUCCAUCAGUUGCUGAUUCUGCAUCAAACUUCCUGCCUCUGCCAACAGAAGAUGAGAACUGGGCUGGAAAUGGUGGAGGACAGGGAAGAUACAGUGAAUACGAUCUUAGACCAUGGGCCACGGAUUUUGCAGUAUUGGCAAACCUCCCCUGCAAAACAGAGGAGGAGAGGGUGGUUCGAGACAGGAAGGCUUUCUUGCUUCAUAGCCUGUUUGUUGAUGUCUCAAUUUUUAAAGCUGUGUCAGCCAUACGCAGGGUAAUAGAUUCUUCUAUGAAGGCAAAAGAUCAAUCAAAUUUAUCUCCGGUCUCAAUCUUGAAUGAGGAUUGUGUGGGGGACUUGACUAUAACAUAA